AUGGUGCAUCACAACAUUCAAAUUGACCUAGAAAACAUUGUACGAGACUCGAUUCAAAAUCCAGCCAAUGUGCCAAAUGGAUCGACCACAGAGCGCAAAGGGAAUGUCACAUACGGUAUCGACGAUGUGCCGCCUUGGUAUCUGUGCAUAUUUAUGGCGUUACAGCAUUACCUAACAAUGAUAGGCGCGAUAGUGGCCAUACCGUUCAUCCUGUGUCCCGCGCUCUGUAUGGAGGAAACGGACCCAGACCGCUCAAACAUUAUAUCUACCAUGAUAUUUGUCACAGGAUUAAUAACAUGGUUGCAAGCGACAUUUGGGUGUAGAUUACCGAUAGUGCAAGGUGGUACGAUAUCGUUCCUAGUGCCCACAUUGGCUAUACUCGGCCUUCCCGCCUGGAAGUGUCCAGGAAGUGAAGUCCUAGCAGCUAUGAAUGCAGAGCAACGUAGAGAAGUGUGGACAAGUCGGAUGUGUGAACUAUCUGGUGCCAUCGCUGUGGCCGCGCUCUUUCAGAUGUUUGGUGGUUACUUCGGUAUAAUCGGGUCCCUGCUGCGGUGGGUGACGCCGUUGACGAUCGCGCCGACGGUAGCGCUGGUGGGGCUCACGCUGUUCGACCACGCCGCCGACGCCGCCUCACAGCAAUGGGGCAUUGCUGCUGGAACAUUUAUUCUGCUGACAAUAUUCUCACAAUGUAUGGGGGAAGUGAAGAUACCGAUGGUCACGUGGAAGCGAGACGCGGGACUCACUGUUAUAUGGUUUCCGCUUUUCAAGCUUUUCCCUGUAUUACUGACCAUAGCCAUAAUGUGGGUCAUCUGCGGCAUCCUGACGGCGACUGACGCACUGGCGCCGGGGCAUCCGGCACGCACCGACCUCAAGAUCAACAUCAUCCAGGACGCGCCCUGGUUCAGAGUGCCUUAUCCUGGUCAAUGGGGAUGGCCGACGGUGAGCGUGGCGGGCGUGCUGGGGAUGUUGGCGGGAGUGCUCGCGUGCACCGUCGAGUCUAUCAGCUACUACCCAACCACGGCCCGGAUGUGCGCGGCACCCCCUCCCCCCCUGCACGCGAUCAACCGCGGGCUCGGCACGGAGGGACUCGGCACUAUGCUGGCCGGCCUCUGGGGCUCCGGCAACGGCACCAACACCUUCGGGGAAAAUGUCGGUGCAAUUGGUGUCACUAAGGUAGGUUCACGUCGCGUGGUGCAGUGGGCGGCGGGCCUGAUGGUGGUGCAGGGCGUGGUAGGCAAGCUCUGCGCUGUCUUCAUCAUCAUUCCGCAGCCCAUUGUGGGCGGGCUCUUCUGCGUCAUGUUUGGGAUGAUCGCCGCGUUUGGUCUGUCAGCCCUCCAGUACGUGAAUUUGAACAGCUCGCGCAACCUCUACAUCAUCGGCUUCAGCCUGUUCUUCCCACUCGUGCUCACGCGCUGGAUGGCGGCGCACGGCGGCGUCAUACACACCGGCCUCGACGCGCUCGACGCCGUGCUGCAGGUAUUGCUCUCGACGUCUAUCCUCGUGGGGGGAGUGGUUGGCUGCUUGCUGGAUAACUUGAUACCUGGAACGGACGAGGAGCGCGGGUUAGAGGCGUGGGCGAAGGAGAUGUCGCUGGAGGCGGUCGGCGCCAGCGAGCAGGGCGACACCUACGACUUCCCCGUCGGCAUGACGCUCAUACGCAGGUGGGAGUGGACCAAGUACCUGCCAUUCAUGCCGACCUAUGAGAUCGGCAAAUUCACUGCUUUGUUCCGGAGGAAGAAGGAAACG